CGCAAGAAAGGAAAAGCUGUCCGGGAAGCCGCGCCCAAACGAAGACAAAACUGUUGGUGAUUGGGGAUUUUUGCAAUCUUUGGGCGGGACUACAAACCAAAGCUUCAUUCUGAUUGGCCAGAAAAGACGUCGUUCGUUAAUAUCUUCUUUUGAUUGGUUGCCUCACAAGGCGAUUAGGGCUUCACUUACAAUGAACCGCAGCUGAGAAGAAGUAGAAAUUACUACAUUUUCUUGCUUGUACAUCUUUGUGUUAAGUUCACCAUUUUUUUCCCCUCGCACUUUGAGGAUUGUCCAGCUUGAAUAGUCAUUUCUUUAUCUAGUCUGACAGAUAAGUUGUCAGACACUGAAGUGUUUCUACCAGUGCUUUGAAUAAGGAAAUAAUCUCUUGCUAACGUUAUGUAGCUAAUCUCAUUUAUCUGUCGGAAACUCAACUUUCAACUCGCAGUGUUACACAGCCCCACGGACAGACUCGACCACCUGUUGACCCGGCUCGUUUUUGCAGGCAUGACCGAGUACAAACUUGUGGUGGUCGGUGCUGGAGGUGUGGGGAAGAGCGCUCUCACCAUCCAGCUGAUCCAGAACCACUUCGUGGACGAAUAUGAUCCCACCAUCGAGGACUCAUACAGAAAACAGGUGGUGAUCGACGGGGAGACGUGUCUGCUGGACAUCCUGGACACUGCAGGUCAGGAGGAGUACAGCGCCAUGAGGGACCAGUACAUGAGGACUGGAGAGGGCUUCCUCUGUGUGUUUGCCAUCAACAACACCAAGUCUUUUGAUGACGUUCACCUUUACAGAGAGCAGAUCAACCGGGUGAAGGACAGCGACAGCGUUCCCAUGGUGCUGGUGGGGAACAAGAGCGACCUGAGCGCCCGCACGGUGGAGACGAAGCAUGCUCAGGAGCUGGCAGGGAGAUACGGAGUGCCGUUCGUAGAGACGUCCGCCAAAACCAGACAGGGUGUGGAGGAAGCCUUCUAUUCGCUGGUGCGGGAGAUCAGAAAAUACAAGGAGACCAACCGCAGCAACAAGAAGAGCAAGAAGAGCAAUCAGAGACGCUGCAUUAUACUAUAGCGCACACACACACACACACACACAUCCAGCCAGCAUCCCUGAGAGCACUUGUAUAAUACUGCCCUUCCUCACUGUGGAGGCGUCGGUGAAGCAGACGGUGCAGAAUCGAUUUUCGUCGCUGCAACCAUUUCUGCUGUCGCCAUGUUUGUCAUUUCUUCAGUGUUCAUCUGCUUAAGGAGGAUUUCACUGUAUGCUGUGCGUAACUGCACUUUGCACAAUAACAAUGGGUGAGGAGCUCAGGCUGCAUUCGCAUUAAAUACUUGUGAGACUUUUUUUUUUUAUCAAAUGUCAGUGUUUGACUUUGAAAGAGAACAAAUACCUUCAGUAUAUUUUUCAUAGGACAUUUUGCUCGUCGCUUUAGUCGGGUUUUUCCACUCAUUUCAGAACAGAUGUCUGUUGCCUCUCAAACACAACUGCGAUUUAUUUUGUAUGUCGGCAAUAUUAGUGUCCCAGCUUAACUUUAUACAUUUGUGUUCAUUAGACAUCAGGACAAGUUUGUGCCACUUUCGAAAUUUACUCAGGAAAAUGCUUCUAAUCGGGCUCUGAGUAAUCCGCAUUACAGGCCUGCACACUCGCAUCGUGUGUAACAUUCUCAGUGUUGGUUGCGUUUAAAAUUCACUGUCUGCGCACACUUUGUUACAGCACUCUGUCACCUCAUCGCCACAGCAUGCGAGUUGUGAAAACAUUCGUGUCGCGUUAUUUGCACACUCAUGCUGAAGCCAGUGUUUUAUCAGUUUUCCGAUCAUGAGAGAUGCUGGAUGGUUAGUAUAUAUAAAAAAACAAGUUUUUGAUUGUAUGUCACCAAUAGUUUUCUAUUUUUGUAGAACUACUUGAUGCAUCCCCCACUGUAAUAAAAAAAUAUAUAUAAAAUUACAAUGCUGAAUGCAAAGUAAAUAAAGUCGCAUCUUGAGUUGAUGUCUUUAGAAA